AAACUGGCAAACCAAUCGAACACGGCCGCUACUGUGUUUGAAGUAAGAGACCUUACAAUUGCAAUCUCAAAUUCUCAGUUUCAUCUCGAUCACCUUCCAGAUCCAUCGCAGAGCCCGAUUCCAGAUUGCGAAAUUCCGAUGGAUAAAACGGUGAAAGACAACUCAGCGUGGAACGACAUCGUUUUGCAGGGGGUCAUGGUUCUGGUGAUGGUCCUCUCCUACUUCUUCAUGCACGACGUGCCCAAGAAGCUGUGGGCCAAGCUCCGUCUAAGCAACCGCGCCGACAUCCAAGCCAAGCGCCACUUCGUCCAAGGGGCCCAGCUCCUGGCCCGGGCCCGCGCCUCCAAGUCCAAGGCCCUCGCCAAGGAGGCCCAGGCCCAGGCUCAGCGCGCCAUCGCCCUCGACCCGAGCGACGCCGCGCCGCACCUCCUCAAGGCCCUCGCCUUAGACUUCCUGGGCCUCCGCUCCGCUGCGCUGGACUCGCUCGACGAGGCGCUCUCCCCCGCCGCCGCGAAGUCCCUCUCGGACUCGGAGCGCGGCGACGCGCUCCUCAAGCGCGCCGAGUUGAGACUCGGCACGAGCCAGCGCGGCCGAGUCGACUCGGCACUCGCGGACUUGACCGAGUCGGUGAGGCUCAGCCCGAAUAACGCUAAGGCAUUUUUCGCGCUGGGGGAUUGCUACGAGCGGAAGAAGAUGAACGAUGAUGCUAUUAGGGCGUACGGGACGGCUCUUGAAUUGGAACCCCAAUUCCAUGCUGCGGAACAAGCCCUAAACAGGUUGGAUUCUUCGCCCAUGAACAAUUGAGAUCUUAAAAAAGUGUUCUUGGUCUCAAUUUGAAGCUGUUUUGAUGUUAGUGUGUGUUGUACGUGUUUGGGUCACGGUUUCAUCUAUAAAAAUAACACGUUUGGAUCGAACUGGGGUUUACAAAUUAUAAUCCACACAUGCUAAUUCAUUGCUAGUUACUUGUUUGUGUGCA